AUGGUAAAGGUUGCUUUGGUAAUUAUAUUCUCAUUGGCCCUAGUCCACGCAUUCCAAUUUGUGAUAAGCAAAGAUGAGAAAGAUUUGUUAGCUAAUGAUAAUGAUAGAGACCAUGGGAAAGCUGGAGAAAAAGAGAGUGUUGGUAACGAGCUAAAAAAACAUAAAGAGAAGAAGAGUGCGAAUGUUGAAAAGGAUAAAGAGAAAGAGAGUACCGGCGAUGAGAAGACUAAAGAAAAGGAUAGUAACGAUGAUGAAAAAGCUAAAAAGAAAAAGAGAGUCAGUUAUGAAAAGGGUAAAGAAAACGAGAGUGAUGAUGAUGAAAAAAUUAAAAAGAAAGGGAAAGCCGAUUAUGGAAAGAUUAAAGAAAAAAAGAGCGAAGAUGACGAAAAGUCUAAAAAGAGAAAGAAAGUCGAACAUAGAAAAGAUAAAGAAAAAGAGAGCGACAAAGAUGAAAAAGCUAAGAAGAAAGGGAGAGCCGGUCAUGGAAAGAUUAAAGAAAAAGAGAGCGAAGAUGAUGAAAAGUCUAAAAAGAGAGAGAAAGCCGAUCAUAGAAAAGAUAAAGAAAAAGAUAGCAACGAGGAUGAAAAAGCUAAGAAGAAAGAGAGAUCCGAUCAUGGAAAGAUUAAAGAAAAAGAUAGCGAAGAUGACGAAAAGACUAAAAAGAGAGAGAAAUCCGAUCAUAGAAAAGAUAAAGAAAAAGAGAGCGAUGAUGAUGAAAAAGCUAAGAAGAAAGGGAGAUCCGGUCAUGGAAAGAUUAACGAAAAAGAGAGCGAAGAUGACGAAAAGUCUAAAAAGAGAGUGAAAGCCGAUCAUAAAAAGGAUAAAGAAAAAGAGAGCGACGAUGAUGAAAGUGAGAGCGACGAUGAUGAAAAGAGUAAAGAAAAAGAGGGCGACCAUGAUGAAAAGGAUAAAAAGAAAAAUAAAGCCGGUCAUGCAAAGGAUAAGAAAGAAGAGGGAGCCAGUCAUGCCAAAGAUAAAGAAGAAGAAAGUGAGGAUCAUGCAAAGUUUAAAGAAAAAAAGAAUGUCGAUCAUAAAGAGGCUAAACAUGAUCUAUAA